CUUAAAAAAAAAAAAAUACUCAUUUUGCCAUUAGAUCUAUCUAACGCGCACACUAAUAUCAUACACUUACUACACAUUAUCUUUAUCUCACUUCCCAUACCUCAACCGCUCCACCAUCAGCUCCGCCGCGAACGGCAUUGUUCCCACCGCCGCUGUUCAAAUUACACGCUUUUGCAUCGAUUACUACACCUUGCCUCAAAUCCCCCUCCGCCGCCGCCAAACCCCUUCUCCGACGACCUACUUUCAUAUAGUUCCUCCUUCUACAGGUCCUUCUCAAAUUCAUGAUAAGGAAACUCUUCUGCAAACCUUAUAAACAUGAUUACAUUAGAAAGCAUUCUAAAAGUGCAAGUACCUACCAUUACCAACCACUAGAUUCAUUAAGCAGAAUGAGUAGACUAAUGGAAAAGCCAACCGAGUAUGUUCUCUGUAAUGCACUUAGUUCUUGUGCAAAAACCACGAAUUGGCAUUUCGGCGUACAAAUCCACUCGUAUAUAAUUCGAUCCGGAUAUGAAGAUAAUCUGUUCCUUAGUACCGCACUUGUUGAUUUCUACGCAAAAUGUUGUUGCAUUGUGGAUGCAAGUAAGAUAUUUAGAGCCAUGAAAGUACAUGAUCAAGUAUCAUGGACUUCACUUAUUGUUGGAUUUUCAGCAAACAAAUUAGGAAGAGAGGCAUUCUUGUUGUUCAAAGAGAUGUUAGGAACUCGUAUUAGGCCUAAUUGUUUUACCUUGACUAGUGUUGUUAAUGCGUGUGUGGGGGAAAAUGGAGUCGCUGAUUGUUGUCCAAGUCUUCAUGUUCAUGUCAUCAAAGGAGGAUUUGAUAGGAGCAAUUUUGUGAUUAGCUCGUUGGUUGAUUGUUAUGCGAGCUGUGGGCGGAUUGACGAUGCUGUGUUAUUAUUUAAUGAAACUAGUGAGAAGGAUACUGUUAUAUACAAUACAAUGAUAUCUGGAUAUUGUCAAAAUCUGUACAGCGAAGAUGCGCUGAAACUAUUUGUGGAAAUGCGGGGGGAGAAUAUGAGUCCUACUGAUCAUACUGUGUCUUCCAUUUUAAGUGCUUGCAGCCGUCUUGCGGUGCUUGUAGAAGGAAAACAAGUGCACUCUCUGGUUGUUAAAAUGGGUUUUGAGAAUGUGUUUGUGGACAGUGCUCUUAUUGAUAUGUAUUCAAAGGGUGGCGACAUUGAUGAGGCUCGACGUGUGUUAGACCAGACUUCCCAGACGAACACUGUAUUGUUGACAUCCAUGAUCAUGGGUUAUGCUCAAUGUGGAAGAAGUUUAGAGGCUUUGGAAUUUUUUGAUUAUUUAUUAACUGAGCAAAAGUUGAUUCCUGAUCAAGUCUGCUUUAGUGCUGUCUUAACAGCUUGUAGUCAUGCAGGAUUUAUUGACAAAGGGGAGGAAUACUUCAACAAAAUGAGAACAGAUUAUGGGCUGUCUCCUGAUAUAGAUCAAUAUACUUGCUUGAUUGAUCUUUAUGCUAGAAAUGGAGAUCUAAGGAAGGCGAGGGAUUUAAUGGAAGAAAUGCCUUAUGAUCCUAGUUGUAUAAUAUGGAGUUCCAUUUUGAGUGCCUGUAAGAAUUAUGGAGAUGUAGAGCUUGGAAAAGAGGCUGCUUAUCAGCUCAUUAAGAUGGAACAGUGUAAUGCAGCUCCAUAUUUAACUCUGGCACAUAUCUAUGCAAGAAAAGGUUUAUGGAACGAAGUAUCUGAAGUUAGAAGCCUUAUGCAACAAAGGGUUAAGGGAAAGUCUGCAUGGAGUUGGGUAUAGGUUAAUAGUUUAAAAGGAAAUAUUAUAAGCCUCGCUAUAGAUGAUGGAGCUGAUUGGUAGCAGUUCAAGUUCCCUUCAGGAUGACAGUUUAGAGGGCUCACAUGGUUGCAGCAAAAACAAUUUGACUGGGAAAAAAGCCUUUGUCAACCAUGAUAUGUCCUUUUCUGGCAUCUAUUUUAGUAUAGUUAUAUUUAGCAAAAUAAGAAUUAGCUCGCCUUAGCAAACAAAAUCUCUUUCAUGCUUCGAGCCACUUGAAGUGUCUCUGAUAUGCAGAAACUUUAAUAUAUAUUGUGAUUUUGCAUAUGGUCGUAUACUAUUGUCAACUUAUUAACAAAGACUGGGAGAUAGGUGUUUGGAGAGGAUAUUGCAGUACUCUGCACUCCCAAUUUGUUUGACAGUCAUAUGGUCUUGUGUUAGGGAACAUCUCAAAUGGAAGCAGUGGGUAUUUGGUUGUUGAAGCAGAAAUGUUACUGUGCAAAGAAUCAAUCCAAGUGAGCCUAGGAUUUACAUGUGAUUGCAUUUUAUAUGCAGGGCUAAACAUCAUGCUAUCAGGAAGGUUUUUUUUUCUGUUAUGGGUGGUAGAGACUAAAAAUUGUACUUUCAGGGAGGCUUUUGCUAAAGAAGAGAGUAUUGCUUUGAGUAGUAAAAGUAAUGGGACUAAAUGGCACAAGUGUUCAAAUGCAAGGUUCAAGGAUAUUUUCUUGUUGGACAUGUUGAAAUUUCUUCUUGUUGUGCAUUCAAGAUGUUUGAUUCAGGGAAAGUUGUGUUUAAUGGCCCCACAUCAUCUUCCAUGUCUUGGGCAGAAGUAGGGUUAAUUUGCACGUCAUACCGUUUCUUGCUAUGCUUCGAAGAUUCUUGAUCCUUCUUUGCUCGAGAUUUCCUUUUUAAAGGAACCUCAACAUGUUUUUCAUCCUAUUGAGGUAAAUUUUGUGAUGAAAAAAAUAGUUUGGAGUAUUAUGAUGGUAGGGAAAGAAAAAGAUGUGGUUAUACCUCUUCAAUGAAUUUUUCUAGUCUUGUUGGUGGAUUUCCAUGCGUCUUCUUUUUCUUAUUUGAAAUGCAUUCGGUGUUGCUCUCUAUUUUUCUAGGUUUAUCGGUAUGAUUAAAUUCUAAUUCUAUUGCUGUAUUUUUUAAUAUAUUGCCUUUUUUUUAAUGUAUAAGGUUAAGGAUUGAGAAAAAUGUUAUAAAAAAUCAUAGUAUUAAACGGAUUAUUAGUUUAAAUAAUAAAUAUUAAUAAAUUUCAUUUAUUCAGUACUAAUUGGAUAUGCUUAAUGCUGUAUUUAUUGAGUAAGCAGCAGAGUGAGAGUUGCAAGCAAUAAGCUCUUGUAUUAGUAAUCAUAUGUUUACUUAUUGAGUGAUGAUGAUGAUGAUGAUGAUGAUGAUGAUGAUGAUGAUGAUGAUGAUGAUGAUGAUGAUGAUGAUGAUGAUGAUGAUUAGUGGUUUUUCUAUAAACUUUAAGAUAGUUUAGAAUUUGAAGAUAUUUUGGAUGAAUAUCCUCUAUGUGAUGUAUAACUGUUUUCUUUGUAUGGAAUGGACCAAUUGUUCAUUUGUGUAGUUUGGUUGCAUUGCUACCAGAGAGUGGAGAAGAACAUAACAUAUCAGGUUGCCCUAUGUUUGACUGAAUAACUUUUGACCAAUCAAUGUGGUGUGGGGGUUCUCCUAGUUCAGCCAUGAAAUGAAAUUUUUGGAGGUAAUCAAUGCUGUUAAAGUAAUGUCAAUAUACUUAUAAAAUUAUGGUGUAGAUUGUGCCAACAACUUGUAGCAUUGUAGAGUCAACCUAGCUUUUAUUCUUGGAUUAUCUCAUGCCAUUGCUCUUCCUUCUUUCUAAAUUCUGAAAAUGAGAAGUUAAGUGGAGCCAGCACCGCCGAUGAAUUGAAACGAUACAUAUAAUGCUUGACAUUCAUUGUUCAGUUGUUUGCUCUGAGCAGAAACGACAGACUCCUCCUGGUAGAAGAAGCACUUCUAGCACAGACACUGGAACCCUAUUCGAGACGAUUGAGAUGGAACUUGAUCAAUGGAGACCAAAAGCAUGGUAUUUUGAUUAUAUUUUCUGUUUCUUCACACACUGUGCUUGAAUUCUGUUAUUUUGUAAAACACUGUCACUUGGUAUUAUUAGCUAGGCUAUUUUUCGUUUUUUAGUUAAGAUUGUCGAGUUGUCAUCGAAAUUAUACUUUAUAUUUUCUCUUUUGUUUAGAAGUAAAUUGAACUCACGAGUAUAUUCUGAAAAGCAAUAACAAUGAUCAAAUUAAUAUGCGGUAUCAUUUUAAUAUAUUGUAAAAGGAAAAUUGAACUGUGUAUGCAUGGUAUCAUUUAUUCACACUGCGUAUAGAAUCAUCAAAUCCAAUAUAUGUGUUGUGUUGCUAGGUAGCUUAGCAUCUAAGAUUAUCACCAGGUGCAACACCUAAUUGACUACAAUAUUGCCUGUAGUAAUCAACACGAGCCGUAACUGCCACCGAGUUUACACCAUCACAUUC